AUGCCUCUUGACCGUCACGGUCAACUGCACGCAGGCAGUAUCGGCCUCUUCGACGACCCUGACGAGGACGAGUACACCCAGCGAAAGUGGCAGCGUCGCCAGGAAGAGAAGGAAAAUUGGGCGAAAAUCAAGGCCGAACAUCAACGAAAGAAGGCUGAGAAACAGGCGAUUAAAGUAUUGAACCCACCAAGCACUUUAUCAUGGUUCAGAAGAUUCUUCUUCAAGGGAAAAGAGGCUAGUAGAGCUCCCUCCACGGCGCGAAGGCAGCCCACUCCAUCCCCAAGUUCAGCCUCGGUGGGCUCGCCAUGGGACAGCGAUGGUGAACCGCUAUCCCGAACGCCAUCUCCGACGUACUCUGCGUCAGAAGUGGAUGACGAGCUCGAUUCACCGUUCUACCAAGAGUUGGGACUGGUGAGGCUCAAGGCAGAUCGUAACACCGAUGUCAAGGUCGUGCCCAGGUCGUCGAUCAGGCCGGCUAAGGGACAUGAUGGUCCCUCAUCAGGUUGA